AGCCGAAAAAGAUACUCGGCGUUCUAUGCUGGAACGUUGAGAGGCGAGCCGCGCGCUGCCAUUGGUUGUUCGGCGCGGUGUUUGGCGUUUGGCUUCGGCCGACGUUCCAUCGCUGGUGCUGAGCGUUUCCUGCGCGGUGGCGUCGGGGUGCUGGGUGCCCGCUGCCACAGCAGCUGCGACCUCUCCGCUCUUCCCGCUUCCCCGGGUCCGCUUCCAGGUGCAGAGACAGUUUAGCAAUGGCGGACUACGGCCACAAGCAGGGGAAGAAGCGGGACGAGAGCAACCUGGGCAGCUUGGUGGACUUCCUGUUGGCCAAUGCCAGGUUGGUCCUGGGCGUCAGCGGAGCGGCUGUGCUGGCGAUCGCGACGCUUGCGGUGAAGAGGCUCAUCGACCGGGCCACCAGCCCGCCGGACGAUGAAGACGACAUCAAAGCCAAGCAGAAGUCCUUGGAGGAAAGUUGGCAGGAGCUGAGCUUGGUCAAGACGGUGCCCAAGGUGCGGCAGGAAGACCUCGAGGAGCCACUGCUGUCUCCAGUCGUGGGUGGGACCGCGCAAGGUCAGGAGAGACACGCUACAGACCCCGAAAGCGGUGUCCUGCCCUCCGUGGCCCCCCUGGCGGAACCGAGGGCUCGGCUGUGCCUGACGCUUCAAGAGAAGCUUCUCUCCUACUACAGGGACCAUGUCUCCGUCUCCGAAGUGGAAAAGGCUCUGGGGAAGCAGCUGGCAGGGGACAUCUGCGGAGAGCUGCAGAAGUUCCUGAAGAACAAGUACCCAGAGCUGCCCUUUGGACACGCGUUCCUCAGCGGCUACCUUUGCGACGACCUCAUCAGCAGCGACCGCCUCGAGGUGGCCUUCAUGCUUCCGUUGACGCUGGAACCCGACCUUUGGCUCCUGAUCCCCGGCGAACAAACGGUUGUGAAUGACCCUUGUUUUGGGAUGGUCAGGCGGACUGGCGUGGAGUAUUUCCCGCGAGGAAGCAGCCCGUGGGACAGGUUUGUGGUGGGUGGGUACCUCUCGUCCAGCACCAUCAACAAGACCCUCCAUAACGUAUUGGUGGCCUCUAUUAAUUGGCCGGUCAUUGGCAGCAGUCUGGAGUGCGUCGUCAGGCCUGUGAUGGAUCCCAAAGAGCUUAAGUUGGAAGUCCGGCACGCCCAGAUCCGCCUGGACAUCAACCUCUGCCCCAUGGUCGAAGUGGGGGAUAAAACUCUUCUUCCUCCAUCCUUUGUGAAACCGGUGGAGAACCUCUGGCAGCGGAGCUUUUACGCAGCAGAGGUCUCGGCGCUGAAAGACCUCGAUGCCCGAGAUGAUGGCGUCAGGCAGGGUUGCCUCAACAUCUUGAAGGUCGUCUUCGAAAACCAUCCCUUCUGGAGCAAGCUGGGCAGCAGCCACUUGACUCACGCCAUCCUGCACCUGAGCGAAACCGAAACAACAGAUUGGUCAGAGGCUGCGUUGGCAGACAGGUGCCAGCAGGUGCUGGAGGAGCUGGUCCGAUACCUGGAGAUAGGUUCCCUCCCUUGCUUCUUCGACAGCAGGAUAAACCUUCUCGGCCACCUGGCCUCGGAGGAAAUCGAAGAGAUCGGCUACACCUUGUACGAGGCUUUAGCGGAGCCAGAUCUGGCAGCCGGACUCUGCUUAUGAACAGGCGACUUGGUGGCGAAAACUGCACUCGUCUCCUUUGGGGGUCAGGCGGCUUGGGAGCAGCUCUCCCAUGGAUGCAAUUCUUUGCACCUUAUGGAAUGGAAAUAUUCUCAAAGUAAAAUAGGGCCUGGAUUGAAAAAUGGGAACCUUUCCCUCUGUCCUAGAUAUUUCGGAAAUCUAGGGCCGGUAGUGUUAACUUUCCAGUGGUUGCAUCCCAUGAUACUCUGUAGGAUUGCUGAACCAGGGUGGAAGGGGUUUUUUUGCCGCCUCCUAGCUGGUUUAUCCAUCCCUAUGUAAUUGGAGCAUCGUGAAACGGACCUAUAGGGGCCCAGUAUCCUAGCAGCACCCCAAAUGUGAGGCUCCAUUAUCUGUAAUUUGUCUCUAUUAGGGGCAAGUCUGCUUUAUUGCACUAUGUGGAAGUCCUGGAAGAGAUGUCUGGGGUGGGUGCUAAAGCAGCUGCUUCUCCCCGUCGCCACGCAGGAAGCAGAAAGUCACCACCCGUGAUUUCCAGGCCUUUGGGUGCUUAGAAUGAGCACCCCAAGGAACUGAGUCUCAUUAUCUGCAAAUGGUUGUGGCUAUGUUCUUUGUGGCACAGUGUGACUCAAUCACUGUUGUUUUCACUCUUUAUUUUUAAAUAGCAGGUGGCUAAAAAUAAAGUGAUUCCCCCCCCAUUGGCCUUUCCUGCUCAGAGCACCCCCCCCAAACUGAAAUGGCGGGGCUCCCUUCUCUACCUCAUGGGGUGCAAAACUACAAAACUUUGUGUGUCCCCCCCCCCAUUAGAUAUACUUGACGCCAGCACUAGAAAUUUAAUCAAGUGCCAAAGGAAGGUUGGGGUGUGGGGAGAGAGGUCUCUAAAUCUUGGGUAUUCUUAAACUCUCUACUUGGGUAAACUGGAAGGUGUCAUCGUCUCAGCCGUAACUUCAUUUAUCGAGGUCUGGAUUCCCAUUGUAACGCCAACUUGAAGAAUGUUCCUGCCGAGGCGAACCUGUAUCAAAAUCAAGAGUUUGCAAUUUGUAGGUGUGUAACUCUGUAUGCCUUGCUUAGUUCUGCACUUGCUGAAACCUAGAGAGGUCCUUGCUGCUGAGAGACACAACUAUAGGCACGGGUUUGGACACGGGACAAGGCUGCAAGAGAGCUUGUGUGCACCUUUGGCAUUUCUGAACUAGCAAGUCUGGUUUAGUGAGCCUCUCAAAGGUUUGUGACUGUUCCCUGAGCAGUGCUUGCCAUAAACCAUCAUAGUCUGCAGUAUUAUUUUUUUUAGGAGUGUGUACAGGUACAUUCCCUGUAGAAUGCAAAAGGGAAAAAGGUACCUUCCAACCUGAUUGGCUUUAACUGGGAAUACAAGCAGUUCAUAGCUUUCUCUCAAGAGAAAACUGUUCAGGAUUGUGUUUCUCUAGAGAUCCUUGCCUAUACUCUGACGUAUAGAAAACCACAAUUGGAGUGUUGCAAAAAGCCAUAUUCGGAAGAGUGCUAUACCUUCCCCCCUCUCUUAACUGGAACUCAUGAUCCUGUGCAGUGGAUUUGCACAGAAAAUAUCUAAAGCUGUGAUCCUGCAGAAUUUGUUGGGAUUCUAACUCCCACUGUCCCAGACUAUGGGCUACGCUUGCUGGGGCUCAUGACAGUUGGAAUUCAACAUCUUUCGGGAGGGCAAAGGUUCCCUUGUUCCUGGUCUGAAUGUACAGUGUGAUUCUUCACAAGCAGAAGUUGCCCUGCUCUUCCCUUACGAUUUUCCUGUGAUUGAAUUUUUUAUGUGAAGCUACAGCCUUUCUAGCUAGAAGGAACAACCGCAACUUUGCUGCUAAAAUGUGUUUAUAUAGUGGCAAUAUUAAUCGGAAAUGUGCAAGGGCUUGAGCUGAUGUCACAAAUGAAAUAAAGAAUGAAUGAUUAUGGGCAAAAA